AUGGCUAGAGGGAACGCCCAUUUUCUCAUCCUGAUUCUGUCUUUACUAGGCAUUCAUCUCCAAGAAAUCAAUCUAUGCGAUGGAGUUCUAAACUCAAGCUGCAACCCUGUUGAGAGAAGUGCUCUGUUGGAAUUCAAACAAGGCCUCAAGGAUACUACCAACAGGUUGUCUUCUUGGAUGGGUGAAGACUGCUGCAAGUGGGAAGGUGUGGCAUGUAGCAACCGUACCAGGCAUGUGAUCAUGCUUGACCUUCGCAAUUCACACCCUUUUUCUAACGAGAGUUUAGGAGGUGAGUUGAAGCCUUCCUUACUGGGUUUGAAGUACCUAAAGUACCUUGACCUGAGCAUGAACAAUUUUGGAGGGGUUAAUGUUCCAAAAUUCAUGGGAUCAUUUCACCAUCUUCAAUAUCUUAACCUCUCCGGAGCUGGAUUGGGUGGAGUCCUCCCUCAUCAACUUGGUAAUCUCUCCAAUCUACAAUAUCUUGACUUGAACAAUGAUUUCGGAUUGGACGAAUUUAGAAUCGAUGAUGCAUUAUGGAUUUCUGGGCUUUCUUCUCUGAGGCAUUUAAAAAUGAAGAACGUUAAUCUUCAAAACGUUAGUAAUUGGCUCCAAGCUCUCAAUGUUCUUCCUUCCGUUGAAGAGAUCCAUUUAUCUUCAUGUGAUAUUGAACACAUCCCACUCUCUCUCCAACAUGUAAACUUCACCUCACUUGCUUUGCUUGAUUUGUCUGGUAAUCGCAUUUCCCCUUCAAUACCCACUUGGUUAUUCAAUAUAAGUGGCCUUCAAUAUCUUGACCUUAGUCAUAACAAUCUUCAUGGUCAUAUUCCAUCCCUCUUUGAAAAUUUGGUUUCUCUCAACAACCUAAAUUUAGCUGCAAACUCUUUUAUACAAGGGGAGAUACCUAUUUCAUUGAGGAAUCUAUGCAAGCUGCAAAGUUAA